UUUUUUUUUCGUAAAUGAAUAAUGUCUAUUCUAGACAUUAGUUUCAAUUCAUUCAUUAGAAAAGGCUUUAUUUUUUUCAUUCUUUUUGUUUUUAUUGUUUAUUUUAUAAAUAACCAUGUUAAUACAACAGUUACGACUACAAAAAACAAACUAUUUGAAAAAGUGCAACAACAGAAAGAACAACUAGAGCAAGAAACAAGUUCAUUAGAAAAGGAGAUUUUAAACGAAAAUAUAUUACCAGUGCUUUACCCUAAACCCUUUGAGUUUUAUAAACCAUCUACUGCAGAUUCAGUUGAUGAAAAGUUUAUAACUUAUUUACCCCAUUCUGGAUUCCAUAACCAACGUAUUGAACUUGAAAAUGCCCUUUUAUUAUCCAUUUAUUUAAAUCGUACCCUAUUAUUACCUUCUGUCUAUCUUGGUAACCCUGCUUUUCCUUGGCUUCGAUUUGAUAAAAUGUAUGAACGUCUUUUGUUACAAACUAAAAAUGGUCUUGAUUAUUGUCAAGCCAUACAUGGUGAUGAACCAUUACCUACUGAGUGUCUCAACUAUUUUAGAUGGACAACUGUGCCCUGGUCAUUCUUUUAUGAUUUUAGUCAACUAAAACAACAUGUUCGUAUUAUCUUUCGAAAUGACCUCAGCUUAGAAUGGAUGAAAGAUAAUUUAAAUUUAAAGGACAAAGAUAUUUAUCUGUUUAAAGAUUAUUCACCAUUUGAAUUUCGUAUCUAUGAUUUACCAGAGUCAAGGACACCAUUAUCUCGAUUCAUAAACCGUAUAGAGAUAAACACGCUAGAGGCCAUUGAAGAAAGAGUCCUUCAUUUUGGUUCUUUAUUUGGCAGUUAUCGAGUAUUAGCACAAAAUGAGGAACAUAAAGAGAUGUUAAGAUUUAUUCGUAGAGAAAUGAUAUUUAAGAAUCCUGUAUUAUUACGUGUUGCAUCCAAUAUAGUGAAUAGACUAGGAGGAAUUGAAUCUUUUGUAGGAAUCCAUAUUCGUGUAGGAGAUGGAUUAUUUAAAGUACGUGCAUCUAUUCAAGUAGACGAUAUCUAUCACGAAUUAGUCAAUCAUUUUACUGACUUGUCUGUUGAAGAACUUGAACAAAAAUAUGACAAUCAACAUGAUACAGAUAGAUUAGAAAAUACAGGAUACGAAAUUAGACAAUUGAGAGAACGAGAGAAUGCGACUACAAAUAACUCGUUUGAGAGGCCUAUUUGGGUUCAGCAUCCACUAGAAAAGGAGACUCUUCAAAAUAGAUUAGGAAAAUCACAUUUAUCAAACUGUCAGCCCGGAGAUGGUAGAAACGAUCUUUUUGCUAAAACAACUCUCUUUAUUGCCACAGACUGUCCUAAUCCACGUUCUAAUCCUUUAUUGCGAAAAAUAUUUGCUACUUUUCCAUGUACUUUUGUUUUAUCUGAUUUUAAAGAAGAAUUAGAAGAAUUGAAAAAGAUUGAAGUCAUUGAAGAGAAAAUAAAGUUAAAUUCUUAUCUUAUUCCUAUGGUAGACGCUAUCAUCUCAGCUCAAGGUCAUACUUUUUAUGGUACAAAUUCAAGUACAUUUUCUACUUAUAUUGAAAGACAAUUACAUCCUGUAUAUACAAAACAUCCAAUCGAAUUAUUAGGCGCACCUUUAAUUUAAUAAUAUAAAGCUAUUAUCGCAGUUUCCGAUCGAUGAUUUCGGAAAAUAAAUAAAUGAAUGAGAAAAUAAAUAAAUAAAUAAAUAAUAAUAAUUUAAAAAAAAAA